AUGGCGACCCCUUCGCUGACCCCGGCUUCUUCCUCCAUCAAUGACACCCCCUCUCCCUCCCUCUUCUUUUUCUUCCUCGCUUCGUCAGUUGCUGGAGCGGAGCGCCAUCACACCUUCAGGUCAGUGGGAGCAUAUGGUGCGAAGGCCGGAACAAAUUCGCCGGCCCAGGGUAGCGAAAGGCUGCAGCAGGAGAGGAGCAUGGUCUGUGAAGGGCCCCGUCCCCUUCCAAAGACCUUUCAGAUGGCCAUCAAUGGUCCCCGUGAGAUUUCUAAGCUGUUACAUGUUGGCAGCAGCUCCGGCCUGACGCCCAUCCCCCGGGAGCCACUGCACAGUCCCCCAAACAUCUGGCGGGAAUGUUGGAAAGUCAAGGUCUCGUCCGGAGAGAACCGGCGGCACGGCGGGUCGUGUGACACGGAGCUUUUAUUGUUAUCUGAGCCGGAGCGGCGCUCCCAAGACGGGAACCCGAGAGGGGGGGAGGAUGAGUUCCCUAACAGGACGGACACAACGUUGACGACUUUGGCAAAUGGCUUAUCGACGACGACAACCGAAAGAUGCAUUUGUGGCAAGGUUUGCAAGAACGAGCGCGGCCUUAAAAUCCAUCAAGGCCGAAUGAAAUGCUUGGCCCAGGAGAGUGCAACACAGCGCACAGGACCCAGUCCUGGUGAGACGACGGAGGAGCCCGGCCGGGAGACACCCCACAGAGCCCAGAACCUCCAAGUGCCAAGCUCUCCUGCUCCCAGCAUAGUAGUUCAGCAGCCUCGUAUCAAGUGGCCUCCAGCUAACCAACACAAAGUGUGGCACCAAUUCGAUGAGGACAUCACCAGAGUCAUCGAAUCAACAGCAAAAGGGGAUGUCGACAGACGGCUUCAGACCAUAACCACCAUCAUUGUCACCUACGGAACAGAGAGGUUUGGUGUGGAAGAGCGCAAGUCCACCAGACCCAACUACACCAUGAACCGUAGGGCAGAGAAGAUCCAUCAACUGCGGCAGGAGCUUCGGUCCCUGGCAAGACAGUACAAGGCAGCAUCUGAGGAGGAGAAACCGCCACUGGCUGAGCUCCGAAACAUCAUCAGGAGGAAACUCACUACCCUGCGUAGAGCUGAAUGGCACAGGAGACGCAGGAGAGAGAGAGCCAGGAAGCGAACUGCUUUCAUAGCUGAUCCAUUCGGAUUCAUCAAACAGCUUUUGGGGCAAAAGCGCAGUGGGCAUCUAGCCUGCUCCAAGGAGGAGGUAGACUACUUCCUGAAAAACAACUUGAGUGACCCCGAAAGAGAGCAAGACCUAGGGCCCCUCAGUGCCUUAUUGGACAUACCAUCUCCCACUGUCGAUUUCAACACCGGCGAGCCCACCUGGAAGGAAAUCCAGGAUGUGGUUGCUGCUGCCAGAUCCAGAUCAGCUCCAGGACCCAGUGGAGUACCGUACAAGGUGUACAAGCGCUGCCCUGGACUCCUUAGAAUCCUCUGGAAGACCCUGCGUGUGAUUUGGCGCAGAGGAGCUGUGGCAGAUCAGUGGAGGCUUGCGGAGGGUGUCUGGAUACCCAAGGAAGAGAAUUCCACCAAGCUGGAGCAAUUCAGAACCAUCUCGCUUCUUAGCGUUGAGGGGAAGAUCUUCUUCAGCAUCCUUUCCAGAAGGUUGACAGACUUUCUCCUCAAGAAUGCCUACAUUGAUACCGCUGUCCAGAAAGGUGGUAUCCCUGGUGUGUCAGGAUGCCUAGAACACACUGGAGUAGUCACCCAGCUAAUCCGGGAGGCGCGGGAGGGCAAGGGAGACCUCGUCGUGCUCUGGCUUGACCUGGCCAGUGCCUUCGGCUCCAUACCCCACAAGCUUGUGGAGACUACCCUGGACCGUCACCAUGUACCCAGGAAGAUCAAGGACCUCAUUCUGAAUUACUACGGGAACUUCAGACUCAGAGUCACUUCUGGGAGCACAACAUCUGACUGGCACAGGCUCGAAAAGGGCAUUAUAACUGGGUGUACGAUCUCAGUUAGCCUUUUUGCCCUGGCCAUGAACAUGGUAGUCAAGGCAGCCGAAAGGGAGUGCAGAGGUCCUCUGUCCAAGUCUGGCAUUCGGCAACCACCCAUCAGAGCCUUUAUGGACGAUCUCACCGUCACCACGACAUCUGUGCCUGGUGGGAGAUGGAUACUCCAGGGCCUGGAAAAGCUCAUAUCCUGGGCAAGAAUGAGCUUCAAACCAAUUAAAUCCAGGGCAAUGGUGUUGAAGAAGGGAAAAGUGGUAGACAAGUUUCGCUUCUUUGUGGAUGGCACGGCAAUCCCAUCUAUCACCGAGAAACCAGUCAAGAGCCUGGGCAAGAUCUUCGACUGUAGUCUCAGGGAUUCUGCAUCAAUCCAAAUCACCAUCAAGGAGCUUGAGACGUGGCUGUCGGCAGUUGACAAGUCUGGCUUACCUGGCAGGUUUAAGGCGUGGAUUUACCAGCAUGGCGUCCUACCCCGGGUACUUUGGCCUCUGUUGGUGUACGAGGUGCCCCUGUCGACUGUAGAGACUCUGGAGAGGAGGAUCAGCACUUACCUCCGUAGAUGGAUGGGCUUCCCACGCAGCCUAUGCAGUGUAGCACUGUAUGGGAGGACCAACAAACUACAGCUCCCUUUCAGCAGCCUUGAUGAGGAGUUCAGGGUCUCUCGCACAAGUGAGGCCUUGCUCUAUCGCGACUCCAAGGACUCUAAAGUAGCAUCAGCGGGCAUCGUGGUGCGAACUGGCAGGAAAUGGAGGGCUCAAGAUGGUCUGGUGGUGGCUGAGUCCCGGCUGAGACACAGGGCUCUGGUGGGCACAGUGGCAAUGGGUCGAUCUGGGCUGGGUGCGAUUCCUCAACCUUGCUAUGAGAAGGCACAUGGAAAGGACAAACGAGAGCUAGUCCUGAAGGAGGUGCGGGCAGGGGUCGAGGAGGAACGGACCAGCAGGAUGGUGGGCAUGCAGCAGCAGGGAGCAUGGACAAAGUGGGAGGGGGUGCUGGAGAGGAAGGUGACCUGGUCUGAGAUCUGGAAGGCAGAACCCCAGCGCAUCGGGUUCAUGGUCCGUGCUGUUUAUGAUGUCCUGCCCAGCCCAGCCAAUCUCCAUCUCUGGGGCAUGAGUGACUCUCCAGCAUGUGCCCUGUGCUCCAGGAAAGGCUCUCUGGAGCACAUCCUAAGCAGCUGCUCAAAAGCCCUCGGGGAGGGUCGUUACCGUUGGAGGCAUGACCAGGUGCUGAAGACUGUUGCUGAAAGCAUCUCCAAGGCCGUGGCCAAAAACAUCAGCCACAAGCAACAGCUUGGCAAGAGGAACAUUGCCUUUGUCAGGGCUGGAGAACAACCACUACCACAGCCCAAACCAGCUGGCUAUCUCACCUCAGCAGUGGACUGGGAUCUCCGAGUCGACCUAGAUAAGCAGCUCAAGUUCCCAGACCACAUCACAGCAACUUCCCUGAGGCCAGACAUCGUGCUAGCGUCAGUCUCUUCAAGGCAGGUGCUUCUGUUAGAACUGACAGUUCCCUGGGAGGAUUGUAUAGAGGAGGCAAACGAGCGGAAGCGGUCAAAGUACCAGGAGUUGGUUGAGCAAUGUCUAAGAGCAGGGUGGAAGGCACGAUGCGAGCCCAUUGAAGUAGGGUGCAGGGGCUUUGCUGGCCGCUCAUUGUGCAAGGUUUUCACACUACUUGGCAUCACCGGGGCUGCAAAAUGGAAAGCCAUUAAGUCCACCAUGGAGGCAGCAGAGAGAGCCUCCAGGUGGCUGUGGAUCAGGAGGAGCGAUCUGUGGGCCCAUGCUACUGGGACACAAGCCGGGGAAUGA